UGUCUGAGGGUAGGGGCAGCUGGAGUGCCACGCAGAGAGCAAGCAACGACGGUGGUGGUGGUUGGCGGUGAGCCGUAGACUCCGGCGAAAGGGAAAAUGGUCGGGCGAACACUUUUUUUUCUCCCCCAUUUACACCCAGGUUUUUUGACACGGUCGUCGGUUCGAUCGACUUCCAUUUGUCUCCGAGCAUUCCGUCGACCAACGUCCAACCACGCGCUCCUUGCACCGGUGCAAAUCGAAUUCAUCGCGAGGAUGCGCGACGCUCGUGUCCGUCUCACUUAAUCACGAGCACGAUUCGCGCGAGUUAACGUGAAAACGUCGUCGAUAACGAUUUUCUCGCGGUUCUAUUUCCACGUAAGUGUGCUUGGAAACUUUUGACAGAUUGAACAAUUGCGAUUGUUUCGUUUGAAAUUCGGUUUCUCUGUCGCGUAUCGUCCGUGAUCGUUGAUCGUGAUCUGUGCGCGGCUGGGGUACCGCGGAGCGAGUAGGACGAUCUGUGACGAUCUGGUGAACUGAAAUGAUACAUUGGAUAAGGCUUGUUUAAGAAGUUGCAAGAAUGGCGCGGAGAUUUUCGUGGUGCACGGUGGUGGCAUUGGUGGUGCUGCUUUUCGUCACGACCGAAGGUCUUCGUGAACGCAGUACUCAGGUCGACGACCGCAACGCUCACAGUCCUAGAGAUCGAGGCACUCAGAGGUUCAACACUAAAUCUCUGGAAGAUGCAACAACCACGUCGAGCUCGUUACCAUCGAGAAGCAAGGGGGACAGAUCAUCGCAAUCAAACAAGUCUUCGUACACCGAAAGGCGCAACGAAGGGACAGCUCCAAAGCCUGCCAUCAACUCGGAAUCAAAAUUCGGAUCUAGCAACCGUUCGAACGCGAGAAUGACGAAGACGAUCGACCGAAGUGGCUCGUCUGGUGUAGCCGAAGCUACGAACAAUUCGAGAAGAUCUUUUUCAGGAAAGAAUACCGAAGAAAGCGAGAGAUCAGAUCCGACGAUCCGACGGAGGAGCGGGAAGAGCUACUCCCCGGAGAACAGCGAAGGGAGAAGAUCGAAAGACGAGCAAAGAAAAACGUUCGCCAGGCGUUUCGACAGUUCGGAUGUCACCGAGAGACUGGACAACAGAGGACCAUCGGUGUUCAGCGCAACCACGGAAUCAUCGAGGUCCAGAACUGGAAGGAAGAUUCAAACGACUUAUGCGCGGAAAGAUGCCAAGUCUCAGUUACCCAUCAGAAGGCAUAAUAACAAAAAGCACGCGGACCAAGGGGCGACUAUGGAUUCUUUCAAACGAGCCGAAGGGAGGAGUAGAUCGACGACAGAGAGGGUUGAGCGGAGCACUCGAUCCAGCAGGUCCAAAGUGAGCAACAGAGAGAACAAUACUAUCAGUCGCAAGGCUCAAGAUACCCUUCUGUCGGAAUCAGAGAGUGUUAGAGUCGAUAUUCCCUUGGCAGUGGAAGCCACGGACAAUCCAGUAAACGAUGUGACCGUAGGUGUAACGGGAUUCCCUCAGAGACAGUUCUCCACAGAGAUCAACAGGAGGUCCGAUAGCAAGGAUUCAUCGAGAUCUAACGCAAGGUCUAAGGGUCGUGGACGAUCUAGCGACUCUGACUCUGCCAGGAACAGCUCUCGAAGAGGAUCUUCAAGAUUCAACGAGUACACGACUACUGAAGCGAGCGAGCAGACUGUUGGCUCGAGAAGAAGUAGUGCUUCCAGAGAUAGAUCGAGGGGUUCUGCGAAUGAAUCGCGAUCAAGAUCCAGGGGGAGAAAUUUGGAUAGCAUUGUCAAGCCCACUACAGCGACGUUUGAGCGUGAUAUCAAGCGUAAGACCUCUGGAGACAGGAAUUCUCCUGAGAGGAGGUCGAGGAUUGCUGAGGCUAACUCUAGAACUGUCGAAGGUCGUGGGCAGGAUCAGGAUGUUCGUGGAAGGUCUAGGAAUAGAUCCAGAGUGGAUGCUACUACGUCUACUGCACUUGUACCAGAAGUCACUACAAUUGCUGCAUCAGACACAACAGCCUUCAUCGACGUCGCGUCUACUUCCACCGAAUCCGAAAUCACCACCAUAAAACCUCUACCUUCGACUACAACCACAGUGUCCUCGAGAAUAGUAGCAACAACGCCAAGACCGUCUUUGGCUACCACAGUGGCACACGAAGGACGCAACCGACGAAGAGGUAGAGGUAAUCAAGGAGGGAAUCAAGGCAGAACGGAGCAGAAGGAAGAUUUCUUCAAUCACGGACUAGGGUUCAGAGGUCGGAAGCCUCUGCCCGAGGUGUCACCGUACCUAAGCGGUACAAAGAAACCUGCCCUGUCGCAAAACGAUUCCCAAUCGUCUGGAAAUCCGGGUUGGACGCUCAGAAGGCGACCAGAUCACUCGAACAGUUCGGAAGCUCCUCCUAAGACGGCGAUUCCCUCGGCGAGAGAUCAAACGAACGAAGUGAUACCACCGAACGAGCAAUCCACGACCACCGAAACUACAACGACGGUAGAAAGUUCGUCGACUACCACGAGAAGAGGGUUCAAGAAGCUACAGACAAACACGGAAGAAAGUACAACAGUUGCUAGUACAACGAUGAAGGGUUACAGAAGGGGUAAUAAGACCUAUGAUAAAAAUCGGACUCCAGGAGCUGGAAAAGUGGCAGAGGACAACCAGGAUAGCGACAAUUAUCCGCCUGACUUCAAAGCAAGAUUGUCCCAGUUGAAGAGUACGAACACGAAAAUACCAGCCCUGAAAACUACCUCUAGAACACCUUUGGAGGUGAAAAGAUCCUCGGCCGCUUUGUUCGCCGAGAGAUCGCGGAUGAAGCUGGACCUGGCUAGGAGGUUAGUGAAGCCAGAGUUGAACAUCGAGGAGAAUGAUCUCGACGCAACCACGGCCUCAUCUUUCAGCAAACCGAAGUCAACGAGUGGCAAGCCACCUGUCGACGGAAUCCUCAAGGUUGGCAAGUUCGCCAAGCCAGGUGCAGCGGAGCGCCGAGCCUCGAUCGAGCACUCUAGGGAAGACGAGAGAGCCUCGAAUCUCUCCAGACCGAGGAAAGGUCUCGAGGACUCGUUCAAGGUUACCAGACCGUCCGCCUCGAAGAAGGGGCGAGUGAUAUCCGAGAGAAUGGUCACCUCGAUCUCGGUCGAAGAGAGAGUUGAGGAGACCACGAAACCCUACGGGACGACCAGUCCCUCUGUUAUCACCGUGGCCUCGGAAGAAACGGCGGCCACCACCCUCGACACCGCGAGGGUCCGUCUAUCCGGUCUACGCGCUGCCAAGAAAUCCAAGGAAGAAUUCUACUCCCGCGAAAACACCGACUCAGUUACCACCGUCAAACCGAAGAAACCUUACGCCCACCAGCCACGAAACAGGAAGAAUCACGAGCAACUCAGGUCAUCGGAGCAAUUCAGGUCAUCCGAGGAAACCUCCGCGACGUCGACGAAACAGACGAGUAAACAGACAACGCAGAGAACGUCGCAGACGUCGCAAGAAGAGAAUGUUAUAAAGAAGUCCAAGUUUGGCAACGACGUUACCAAGCCCAGCUUCCGACCCCGUUACAGUAAGAAAACAAAAGAUAAUUCGAUAGAGGAUACGACGACGAAGUACCAGGCGGCUGGUACCACGAACUUACCGACGCCCACCAGCAGAUAUUCCAGGAAGAAGGCUGUGGUGAAGACUGUCGAUGGUCUCAAGGUCACCACGACAGAGGGACCAGCGACCCUGACGAAGAAGAUCGAGUUUCGACCCAGAACUGCGACUUACAGAAGACAUUCCGAGGUUCCCACGACCUCGGUCGAGACCACCACCAAGGUCGAUGGAGCUGGAGUCGCCAUCACUCCUCGUUCGCCGAGAUUCCAGGUCAACUCGAUAACCACCUCUCCAGCCCCUCGAUCGGUACCGCAGGAACCACAGAUGAACCUGCAGAUCGCGAACGAUACCACGCAACAGGCGCCAGGUAUUACCGGCAGCAGCAACGGCGACAGUGGUAACACCAACGUCUUCAAUCCUGCCAGAAGCGCGGUUCUAGCUGGGAAUUCAACGCUUCUGGAGCAACUGAGGAGCACCGUCGCACCGCUGCUGAGCUCGCUUGGUAACAAGACGCCCGUGUUCUCUGGAUCCUACAGCAAUGUUAACAACGCGAAUUCAGCCCCCAGAAUCACCCCAAGUGGAUCGCCACCGCGAUUUAGCGCAAGAUACAAGGGUGCGGAAUUGUUUAUCAGAAAGCAGAAUAAUGUUUACCAGGCUACCGUGCCAUCGAUCACUAGUUCGUCCACCACUCCAGUUACACCCGUAGAGAACUCCGGUGCCGUACCACCUAUCGACGUCUCGAGUCCUGGCGAACCACGAUUCUUGACUAUUUAUCAGGCGUUGGAGUCGGCUAACAUCAGGAACGAACGGUUAUUGGGAAACGCAAGCUUGCUAGGAGAAGAACGAGUUGGCGUGGCCCCCCAGGAUACAACAUCGACAACCGCCCAAGGGACGGCAGGUUCGGGAAUCGGCCAAACGACCGAGAUCACUACCCCAUCCACCACUCCAUCCACCGCACCCCCCACUUUUUCUACUCCCGAUUCUUCUUCUCUCAUGACAACCACUUCAUCAUCGGUCGAGACAACGACAGGAACGACAGCGACGACCACGACAGUGACCACGUCGAGCACUGGACAGCUUCCCGACGGGAGGACAACGGACGUCGUCACCGUGACACCCGUAUUCGAAACAACAGCUCCGAUGCCGAGCACCGCCGUCGACAUAAACGAGAAUCUCGUGUCGACCGAGGCAACCACUCCAGGAACUACCGUUUCGCCUGGGGGAAGUGCCAGUAACCAAUCCACCAGCAACGCGCCCGCAGGUGGAACGACGACUAUGCCAACAUCCGGGAUGACGAUGCCACCUAGACCUCAGAUCGGUCAGAUCGCUCAAGCUCCCACGACCCCAUACUUGGGUCGAUUCGGGGGCAGCAGACUGACGCCAGCUCCGCGAUUCAGCCCGAGCUCCACCACCAGAGCUCCUCUCCGCGAUUACUUGAUCUACGGAAUUUAUCCUAACAAAACGAUCGUUAGGAAACGGCCAGAGGACAACCUGAUCGACGCCAGGAACGUGGACAGCCCGUACGUGAUAUUCGGUAUCUUCCCGGAUGGCAGACUGGUCCGGAAGUUCCCGAACGGGACGAUAAUACCGGAUCCGCCUAGGAACCCGGUCGAGGUUGUGUUCUCACUUAGCACUACCACUACCACUAACAGGCCACCACCCAGACCGUAUUAUAACCAGGUUAACCAAGGCACUUACAAUCAGUAUCAAGGCCCCGGAACCGUUGAUCUUGGCCUUUCUGGUAACGCGAUCGUCGGCCCCAAUGGAGGUGGACCCGGUUUCACGGGACCACUUGGUACCCCUGCUAGCGCCCCGAGCACCGACGAAAUGAGCAAUACCCGAUUUAAUACGCAAAUGGGGACACCGUCGAGUGCAAUGUCUGGGAUCGGUGGUCCGGUGACGCCGAUAGUAAGUACCGGUCGACCGCCGACCGAUUCGCAGGGCGGUCGUAUCGUCCAAGAUCGAGAGAGAGACGAGGCCACCAGGACGAAAGAGGCCGGAGGUCAACGCAGCUCCGUGUACAUCGGACAGGACAAGUUCGUCAACUAUUGGACCGAUGGGGCGCCAGCCACUAACCCCCGCGUUGUCAGUGUAAAUAUUAAUUCAGUAGCUUCUGGUGCCAAUGAGGGAGCAUCAACGUCUGUGCCGUCAUUCGAAAAUCUCUUGAACAAUCAGCCAACAGGUCAAGUGACAGCACCGCCUGGAUUCCCAUGGAGGGAUCCUUUGGAUCAAAUUUUUGGAAUUACCACUGCCUCUCCAGUGAUAACAGCUUCGGUUGCUUCAAAUACUUUGGACGAUUCGGCAGAUGCAAAUGGUCAAUUCCCCCCACAGCCAAUCAAUCCCUUCGUUGAGGUGUUUACCCCGUUUUCUAGUGUGAUUGGCAACAUUCUGUCCUCAACUCAGGCAUCAGCUAAUUCAGCUGCAGCAACAACUAUGCCACCUACAAGAACCAUACCCACAACUACUACAAUGGCACCGACUACAACAACAAUGGCGCCAACAACUACAACAACAACUACAACUACCACCACGCCGCAACCUGCAACAACAACAACUACAACUACAACUACCACCACGCCGCGACCUGCAACAGCUGCUCCAACUAGUCCUUCACCUGCAACAAGUCCGUCUAGUCAAUCGAACAAUGCGUUGACGAAUGCGCAACAGCAAAACACGUUUGGAACCACAUUCAACGACCUGGCCUUCUUGAAUUCAUUGUUACAGGGUGCCUCCAGAAGUAGCACGCCGAAGACACUCACAGAAGUCGAACAGUUGUUGGCGAACAAGAUUCUGUCGUUGGCGUUGAACAAACCAGGACCAACUCGAUCGCAAAAAGCAAUAAACCUCGACAGCGCGUCGCCAAACACGAUCCUUCAGUCCACGCUACGGACACCUUACGAGCCAAUAGUGAUCGACUUGUCCCCGUCGUCGACUUCUGCUGGACCCUCGUGGGAACAGACAACGGCUCAAACCACUGAAAAUCCAGCGAAGAAUAGCGUGGCACCCGUGCAAGUGACCUGGACACCAAGUUCAACCACCACCACGAAGAGAACUGUGGAAUCGAGCACAGCCGCUUCGACCACAUCCAGAUCGACACUGAUAAGCACCACCAAGGCUCCCGUAGUUAGCACAAUCAAAACAAUAACUACUCCGCGACCUAGGACCACUACCCAAGCGCCAUUAGGUUUUGGCGCCAGCCUCUGGCAGGCUCUCUUCGGCGGUGGCCUCUUCGCGCAACCAACCACUCCAAAGCCUGUCAAACAGAAACAGGCAAAGGUCGCAACAAAAUCUGUUAAUAUUACGCCAAAGCCUGUUCAAACGACGCAGAAGCCAGAGACUACUAAAGCAGUUCCUACGACUACGACGUUCAAGUCCGUGGAUAUUUCGAAGAUCGAGGUGAACACCCCCAAUUCUGUUGCGUGGAAUACUAUAUCGGCGACUACUCCCAGCUCGAUAUCAACGACUAAGCUUCAGUUGCUGAACAAUCCCAAUCCGAGGUUGCCCAAUGUUGCCAUGUCGACGAUCUCGCCCGAAGAUGACACUAAGUUCCUGCUUGCACUGUUGCGUGCCGCUCAACAGGAAAAUAAAGCUAGUGUCCCGAAAACGUCAUCAGGCUUAUCUCAGGACGAUGAAUCUUUCUUGAGAGCGAUACUAAGCGGGCGAGCUCUCACGACGACAACUCCCGCGCCGUCAAAUGAAAUCAAUAAUGCUGCCUUGUUGGCGGCACUGUUAAAGGCUCAAGGGAUAGAGCCGCAGACUCCUGCGACCAAUAUUAGAGAGCAACUACUGUUAGCCAGCCUCGGGCAGAGCGUCACCUCUGCUCCGACCGCAUCCCCGUAUACCGAGUCUACGACAAUUACGACAAGGCCGCCAUCGACUGCAACUCGACCUACGGAUACCACGAAAAAGACGGUGACACCGAGACCAACCUCAGGACCAAGGAUACGCACUACAACGUGGUCGCCGAGCUCGACAUAUCCACCUCCCCUCUUCAGUUCCUUCUCCAAUUACGGUUCACCGGUACAGUCGCUCGGUGGCGAGAAUUCUGGAACCGGCGCGUUAUUUGGUGCUACCAGAGCGUUCAGUCAGUUUCUUGGCGCUGCCCUAAGCGGAGCAGCGCAGCAGUUGCAGUCCUUAGUCAGAAAUGGCACUAGAAUCAUGUCCGGAGCGGCGGGCUAAAGUAAAUAAACGAAUAAACAAAGCAAACAGCAGGGAGUGACAAUUAAUAUAUAAUCCCUAGCAUAAGAGAUUAAUUCGCAAACGUGGGAAUUUAGUACGGUACGAGUGCACGCAAGAAGACACUAUUGCUUUGGAGGAUCUGGUGGCAGCGAUACCUGAAAUAAGCAUUCGUAUAAAUUUCGUCGACUCGAGGAUUUUCUUAAAAAAAUCUUACCGAGGGAUUAAGUGUUUGUUCGAUGUCGGUGGAUAAACCUCUCAAACUUCGUUCUUUUUUAUGUAUAGAUGGUAGUGUUACGUGUAAUAGUUGGUACUGUAACUUGUUGGGUGAUUAUUGAUUACGUACUUUACUUUAAUCAGUGUAGAUAGUAGCGAGCAUGACAUUUUAAGCGCGAUACGAUACAUUAUUAAUUCUUAAAACACGGAGGUCUUGAAUAAUUCUUUCGUCGAACAGUAUACAAAUUUUCAAUCGUAUUAUCUUGUAUAUUUGAUACAAAAUAUAUUCGACCAAAAAAUGAAGAAAUAGCUUAUACAGUUUGCAUGAAUAUAAACUCGGCGAGAUUGCAAAAGGUAAUGUGAUCGUAAGUAAUAAUAAUUUUAAUAAAAAAGCAAACGUACACAUACAAUCAGUCCCAUAGGCCUGAAUUAAAUGAUAGGUUUCAUGUUAUUAAAUGAAUUAUUCAUUAUAAAUAUACAAAUGUAUGAAAUUUAUUCAUGCAAAUAUUUACAAUGAAACAUUUAUUUAGAACACCAAACUUACCACUUAAUGUAGACUUUCUUCAAUAGAAGGGUACGAAUACUUAUAGGACUGACUGUAUGUGUCAAGAGGUUCAAACAGAAACAUGUACAGUCGUAUCAAGCAUAGCGAAUACAAAAAUUAAAUUCUGAAAACCACCAAAAAUAUUAAAUACGUAUUAAAUAUAUCCUCGAUAAUAUUAAAUAUGUAUAUUCUUGUGCUGGACUCGACUAUACGCAAUUUCGUUUCCGUUUCAUCGCUGGAACGCUCGAGUAUUAAAUUUCCGUUAGGAUUUAACAAACGGUGCUUCCACUCCGUGUUUUAAGCGUUAAGGAAGAAGCACUCGGUGGCGAGGACACCGGUGACGAAAUUCUUCAAGGCUUCCAGUCUCGAGUUUCGAUAGAAGCAAACAGGAACGACGCUUUGCAAACGUUUCUGGGGUAGCGCAAAGACGAUUCGGGCGCCUCGUACCCUUCUGAGACAUUUGUAACGUUCGUCGCAAUUAAGAUAAUUAAUUGGGGAUGGGGGAGGCGACGUGGCACGUCGCGAUUCGCGAGACAGUGACGAUUCGCGGCGUCCUGCGCGAAACGCGGAUCGACGAGGGCGCCCACCCACAAAGAUCGAUUCAACGACGACCGCGUCGGCGAUGCUGCUAACAAGGGAACGUCCAGACCUGUCCCCCCCUUGAAUUGCGUUCGACUUUGCAUACGGGGGUACUUUUGGGUGGAGACGCCAACUUCGACAAUAUUACACCCCAGGUUUGCGUGUGUGGCUUUAAAGAGGGCGUCGCUGGUGAUUUAAUAUUAUAUUAUUAACGUUAAAGGAUUUCCAAAGAGAUGUUUUGGUAUGUACACGCAUGAAGUGGUUUUAAGGCAAUAUCUCUGCUUUUUCUCUCUACCAAGUACUUUUGAAUUAAUGUCUUCACUUUUCCUCUGUAUAAAGUACUUCUGAAUUAAUAUCUCCAGUUUUUCCCUACAUGAAGUAUUUCUUAAGUAAUACAUAGUUUGAUAUUUUUCUUGCACAAAAUAAAAUUCGUGUUUUAACACUUUUGUAGUAAUAUUUAAAUGUUUUUCUCGCAUAAACUAUAUGUAUAGUAAUACUUCAUCAUUUUUCUUGCAUGAAGCGUUUCUAAAGUAAUGUCUCGUCAUUUUCCUUAGAUACGGUAUCUGUAAACACCUUUUUAAAUAUUUCUCUAGCAAUGUUUAAACAGUUUUCUUGCAUAAAAUAAUUCUGUAGCAAUAAUUUAAUACGUGUUUCGCAUAAAAUGUUUUUAUAGUCACAUGAUACCAUUGUUCCUGCAUGAGGUGUUUCUAAGGUAACAUUUUGAUAUUUUUCCUGCGUAAAAUGUUUGUAAGGUAAUAUUUUAUCACUUUCCAUGUUUAAAAUAUUUCUAUUAUAAUAUUUAAACAGUCGUCCUGCAUAAAGUGUUCAUAUCUGGACAUUUUCUCGAUUCAAAAUAUUUCUACGGUAUAAUUUUAAUAUUUUUCUUGCACGAAGAAUAAUUAAAGUGACAUUUGAACAUUUUUCCCAUAUAAAAUAUUUCUGUAGCAAUAUUUAAGAACUCCCCCCAAAGUGUUUCUCUAACAAUAUUUGAACAAUUUUCUUGUAUACGAAACUCGAGUAAAUCCUUUAUAACAUGUAAUGUAAAAUUUCAUCGAACCAACGCGAACAUUUAAAAGAUUGUCCUUCUGCUAAAAAUAGCAGAAAAAAUGUAUAAUUAAAAAUUUCUAGAUUUAACGUCUCCAUCUAAAAAUACCCAUGCAAAAUUCGACCCUGACUCCGAGUUGGGCAAGUGGCGACGUUCCCCUUGCGAAGGUGGAUAAUUUAAAGUAUCUCUGAAUGAGAGCGAGAGUGAGUGUGGAUGCGUGCGAGCGAGAAAGAGAGGGAGAAAAAGAGAAACAAGGGUAGUCGACAGCGAAGCGUCAACGGAGCAUUGUGUACAGUUUCGCGCGCACCUUUGCUGUACGGUGCGUCGCGUACCUUUUUUUUUUCCUUUUUAUAUAAUAAAGCUGGAAGCGUGUACAGUA